CCGAUACUCCUUUCUCUCUCUUAUAAGAUUCUUCUCCUCCUUCUCUCUCUCUCUCUCUCAGCUCAUCUUCUGCUUCUACUAUUGUAGCAUUGAGCGAACCCUAACAUUGCAGACAACGUGUUUGGCUGAAGCUCAGAUCGUCAUGAAAGCAGCACGAAUCAUCACUUCUCUCUUUGUUUCCCUAACCCUAACCCUAACCCUAACCCUGGUUCAGCUCGCACGUGCUAAUUCCGAAGGGGACGCUCUGUAUACCCUCAAGCGGAGCCUCUCCGACCCGGAUAACGUUCUCCAAAGCUGGGAUCCGACCCUUGUUAGCCCCUGUACUUGGUUCCAUGUCACCUGCAACCAGGACAACCGGGUCACUCGAGUGGAUCUGGGAAACUCUAACCUUUCUGGACAUUUGGUACCUGAACUUGGAAAGCUAGAGCAUCUGCAGUAUCUUGAGCUGUACAAAAACAACAUUCAAGGAACUAUUCCUCCAGAGCUUGGAAACCUGAAAAGUCUAGUUAGCUUGGACUUGUAUAACAACAACAUAUCGGGCACCAUCCCACCUUCAUUGGGGAAAUUGAAGAAUCUUGUCUUUUUACGACUAAAUGACAAUCGGCUAACUGGCCCAAUCCCCAAGGCACUAGCUGCUAUUUCAAGUCUUAAAGUAGUGGAUGUUUCCAACAAUGAUUUAUGUGGUACAAUUCCAACCUCUGGGCCAUUCGAGCACAUUCCAUUGAAUAACUUUGAGAAUAACCCUCGUUUGGAAGGUCCAGAGUUGUUGGGACUCGUUAGUUAUGACACAAACUGCUCGUGAAUAAUGUGAUGCUGUAGGAUCUCAAUCUGCGUUGAAUUAUAUAUAUGUAUUCUAAAAUUGAAGUGUAUUACCUCAUAGUGUAAUGGGCAGUGGUAAAUGUAAUCCAUCGUAUAUGUAAAUUUAUAUACUGAAAGGUAUUGGCAUUUGUAACAGUAUGGUGAUCUUCCAAUGAUGUUGAAGACAUGAAUAUCUGUUGAUGUAAUACUUGAAAAAAAUUUGACUUGGUCACUGAUAAAAUAUUUGUGACGCUUG